UAUUUUGCUUUUGAAACUAAGUGAACACCUAACUAUUUCAUUUCUUAGACUAUCUGUGAAACAGAAGGUCCGUUACAGAAAUAAAAUGGCUCAACCAACUGGAGACACGAUUCCACAGUCAACCCCGUUGUAUAUUUCAAAGUCGGGGAAAAAUGCGAUGGUGCAGAACAACAUGGGUGGGUAUGUCUUUAAGCUGAAUGACUCAAAGAGGCUAUUAAGAUUCAUCAUAAUGGGAUCAGAAGGUGGAAGUUUCUAUGUGAAGGAAAAGGAAUUACAGAGGGAGAAUGUCACCUGUAUUGAUAGAUUAAUUGGUGCGGGGCAGGGAGUGCAGGUCGUCCAGCAAAUCAAAGAAAUCAGUGUCAACAGACGCAAUGUGAAGCAGAACGCUUUAUUGCUUGCAUACGCAAUUUGUGCCAGAUGUAACGACAAGGACACAAAGAAAGCUGCGUACGCCCUUCUGUCUGAGAUAUGCAGAAUUCCAACUCAUCUCUUUAUGUUUAUUAAGUACUGCGAACAAGAGAGCAAAGGGGAGGCAGAAGAAUCUGGCACUGGAUGGGGCCGAGCGCACAAGCGGGCUGUCAGCAAAUGGUACACAAGCUUUGAAAAAGACCCUGAAAAACUUGCAAGACUUGUCACAAAGUUCAAGAACCGUGAAAGCUGGUCUCAUAAAGAUGUGGUGCGUUUGGCUCACACAAGUACAAGUGACAAAGCUGUGGGAUUUAUUCUCAGGUACAUCACAAAAGGUCUGGAUAAGGCGAAAGAAAUGUAUCUGAAUGAUCAACUGGAGAUGGACCGAGGAACAUCCGAGAAAUUGCACAAAUUAGUACGCCUGAUAGAAGUGUUUGACAGGGCUACAAAUGUCACCGAUGAGAAGGAACUUUGUUACCUUAUCAAGGAGCAUAAACUUACAUGGGAGCAGUGUAACUCCGAGCUUCUCAAGAGUAAAGAAGUAUGGAUCGCACUGUUACCGCACAUGCCGAUCGAGGCCACCAUUCGUAACCUCGGGAGGAUGACUAAGAAUGGACUGUUUGCAGAAAACAGCGAGGACGAACAGAUGGUUUUAGAUAAGAUCAGAUCGAUCAACACAUUGUCCGAAACUCCGAUGGAAACGGACGAUCUAAGUGAAGAAGUGAUGGAAGUCGACAAUGUACCCGAGGAAGGUCAGACGGCUGGCAAAGAAAAGAGGAGGAAUGUUCUCCACCCCUUUAAAAUCCUUCUGGCCUUGGUCACAUACAAAACAGGUCAUGGUGACAAAGGAGGGCUCUCAUGGACACCAAACCAAAAAAUUAUUGAAGCCCUUGACCAGGCAUUUUACCAGGCUUUUGAUGCUGUCGAGCCUACCAGGAAGAAGUACUAUCUGGCCGUGGACGUCAGUGGGUCCAUGUCACAACCAGUGCUUGGAAGCACAAACAUACAUUGUGCGACAGCAGCUGCAGCCAUGAUGAUGGUAACGUUAAGAACAGAGGAACAGUGCAUCAUCAAAGGGUUUAGUCACAAGCUAGUAGAAAUACCGGUUGAUCGGACUGACCGUCUUG